UGAGUCAAUCUCAAGUGGGCUCCCAUCCCCAUCUUAAACUCCCUCUCCUUGAUCAGGAGGAAAAGGAGACAGCCGCAACCCAGGAUGAGCCCCGUAGGGUGAGCACCCUGGAGCCAGGCAUGCUGGAGAAGAUGGUCAACCUCCUGGUACCUCUCCACCAGAAGGAGGAUCCCUUCUUUGUUCCAGCCUUCCUGUUGACUUACGGAAGGUUUACCACAACUGGGCAAGUGUUGGACCUUCUGUUUAACAGGUAUGUACAUUUCCAACCUAACUCUGAGGAGGACCAGCAAGUAAAGAACACCCUGUGUUCCAUGCUCGCCAUGUGGCUGGACAGAUAUCCUGACGAUUUCUGCCAGUCCAAGGACCUGGACAACCUGAACAAGUUGAAGACCUACGUGCUGCUCCACAUGCCCUCCUCAGACCUCGUAAUGCGUGGAUACCUCCUCCUCACCCAGCUGGAGGAGCAGGACAGCAAGAAGGCUGACCAAGAGGGAGAGCAUUCCUUAGGUAGGUCCCUGAGAAUAUACGAGUAUGGAGGGAAACCAGUCCCCCAUGGGAGGAGAAUCCCAGGGUGGGGAAUGGCCAGUAGCUACUAUGUCAGACGGCAUGUACUCUCUCUAUGGACACUCUCAGGCACAGAUCUGGGGCUGCACACAGCACCUGCUCCUGAGGUCAAGGCCGAGGACGGGUCCGGGAUGGCAGCAGAUGUGGCACUGGAACCCGCUGCUUCACCUGCCGCACAAGAAGACCUGGUGCCUCCACAGGACUCUGUGCCCCACAUCGUGGUAGUGCAGUAUGUGCCCUCUGUGUAA